AUGCGCUGGCUAUCUCUCCUCCUCUCGAUCACCCUUCCUUUCGGGUCGCUUGCUGCCAAGCAAUCAUCCUCAGCCGAUCGAUUCAGUGAUUUUCAUGCUAAAGCUCAAGCUUCCUCCCCAUUGAAGCUUGCUGACUCGUCCUACAAAAAGCUCACAUCGGUUCCGCGGGACUAUUCGGUUGCCGUACUUUUGACUGCUUUAGAUGCACGCUUUGGUUGUCAGCUCUGCACAGACUUCCAACCUGAAUGGGAGGUGUUAGCAAAGAGUUGGGCUAAGGGUGAUAAAGAUGGCGAAUCUCGUCUGAUUUUCGGUACUCUUGAUUUCUCUAACGGAAGGGAUACUUUUAUAUCUCUUGGCCUUCAAUCAGCACCUGUGCUUCUCUUUUUCCAGCCUACGACUGGUCCACAUGCUGUCCCUACUGUCGAAGCUAUUCGCUACGAUUUCACUGGACCUCAAACUGCCGAGAAAGUUCAUGAAUGGCUUGCCCGCCAUCUCCCCGAUCGCCCUCACCCCGGCGUUAUUGGCGUUGUUUUCAAGGCUUGGCCGUAUAUAUUACCCGUUAUUCAAAAUCGAAACGUCUGGGCGGGCCUAAGCUUGAUUGGCAUUCUUAUGUUCACCAGUGGUCACAUGUUCAACCAGAUUCGAAAAGUACCAUACGUCGCCGGCGAUGGACGUGGUGGCAUCAACUACUUCGCUGCUGGAUUCCAAAGCCAAUUUGGACUCGAGACACAAAUCGUCGCUUUCAUAUAUGGUGUAUUGUCUUUUGCUACAAUCUCCUUAGCUGUCAAAGCACCGAGAACUCGAGACCCGAAGAUCCAGCAACUUAUGGUUAUUGUCUGGGGUGUUAUUCUGGUCCUUAUGUACAGCUUCCUGCUCUCUGUCUUUCGGGUUAAGAAUGGCGGUUACCCCAUCAAGCUUCCACCAUUCAUGUAA